AGUAAGGCUGAGCAAGAGUGAAGAGCAAUAGCAUUUACAGGAGCACGCAGAGAAAAAAAGAACAAAUCAAAGGACAAGAAAAGAGAGAUAGUUGAAUAAAGGAGCGAGACAAAGAUUAGUCGGAGUGGCAAGCAAGAGUUGCUGUGGAUAAAGGCUAGCGAAAGACGGGCGUUCCAUUGGAGUUUUCUCUAAUCGGAUAGUAACGAGUGCACAUAGAAAGAGAGAGAGAGAGCGCGAGAGAGAGAGAAAGCGACAGGCAAGAGAGAGAGAGAGAGAGAGAGAGAUGGGAAAGCAGAUGAGUCGAGAGUAGCAGAAUGAGUAUCACGGAGUGUGGAAUGUGCAGCUGUUGCAAGGAACGCUGAUGCUGCUGAUGAUUUUGGUGUGCUGACGACGGUGAUGGUGCAGCUGGUGCCGGUGCAUGACGAAACUCAAGAGUGUGGUGGUAAAGUCCACGCGAGAAGUGUUCUCGCUGGCCGCGAUUGAGCCACGAUCAUCUGCUGCUGGGCAAUGAUGCCCCUGUCAGUCGCGACUCGACGACUGCAGGCUCGAGUUGGCUUUUCUCGAGUGUCGUUCAACUGCUCGCAGUUAGUCGCGUGUGGUCGUGACGUGAGGGCCCUUGUGCCCUCGUAAUUCUAGUGAUAGUGUGUGCGCGAGUGUGUCGGGUUUCGGACAACGUGAUAUGAACUUGAGCCCCCAGUUUCGCGGCGACGUUCGCCUUUUCAGCCGACUUGGCCCGUUCGCCAGCCGUCGCCGUCGAGGCCCACAGACUUGCAAUCAUGUGCGAUGUGUGCGCCGAUUUUCACGAUCUUCUGCACUCUUAUGACGAGAGAAAUUCUCAAGAUGAUGAGGUAGCAAAUCUAUGUAUCAUUGAUGUCAAUACAAUUUUGAAUUAUGUAAAUCAGUGGGUUCAAAGACAGUGCAUGUGCUGUUAUCGAGAAUCAAAAACUUGUCACAGGUUCAUCAGACUGAUUCAUAAUGUUGUCCUCUGUACCUUACAACAAUUACAGGAGAUCCAACAAGAACAACAGGAUGCACAAAAGAAAAAAGAAGAAACAGGUUACAGCAGUGACAAUGUUAAAAAGGAUAAGGACCAAAGUGAAGAAGAAAAAUCACAUAAUGCAGAGACAUCUAGAUCAAAAUUACACUGGACGCAUCAAGAUAGAGAAAAACUGUUUCACCUUCUGUCCAAGAUAUUCUUACUAAACUUUCCUCUUUAUAUAGCCAUAAAGCAUGGAGCUUUGACUAGUCCACUGGCUCCAGUUAAGGACGAAGGUGGGUACUGCGAGCCACACGAUCCCGAGGUGCCGGCACCUUUAAUCCAUGCAGUAUCGAUGUUUUGUCAUCACGGUGGAUUCAAUUUGAUGUCUGCUUGCUUCGACAUGGAAAGUACACUACCUGUGGGUCUGGCGCACUCGAUGGUCGCUGUGAUUUGUAAUUUAAAACUUUGGUUGAAUUACGGUAGCGUGAUACAACUGUUUAUACCGUUGCGCAGUCGCGUGAUGAAAUACAUGUGUCGGCUCAGCGAUAAGGAACUGAGAACUCAGGCUGUGAGGACGAUGGCAGACUUUAUGUGGUCAGCUGUAAAAGAUCCGAUAGACGCAGUACUGCCAAGCUUCGAUCGGGAUGGCUUGGAUCUGGCCUUCAAGUACUUCACGAGUACGACGCUGACGAUGCGGCUGGCCGGCAUCGCUCAGAUAAACUCGCACAUAACGGCUUUCAAUGAACUGUGCAACAGCGAAACCGUGGCGGAGAUCGAGCAGGUCGGUCACGCUUUGGCGAACUGGCUCACCGACAACAAUAUCAUCGCCCACAUAUUCGGUCCGAAUCUGCACGUAGAAGUAAUCAAGCAGAGCCACAUUAUCCUGAGCUUUUUGGCGAUGGAGGGUCGCAUUUCAUCGCUCGACAUGGACGUUAUGUGGCAAGCCGCCCAACUCAAGCAUUGCGCCCGUCCCGUCUACGAUUUGUUGGCACCUCUCGUCAAGCACCUGGCGCCUGGAGCGGUGCUUCAUCUCUACUCGCUACUCGGCAAGCUCGAGCCCAAAGAGCAUACGGAGCAGAGUCUUUUCCUCGUUUCGGCUCUCAUAAAGUUCAUUUGGACGUCGAGUAGCAGUGGCAGCUAUCAUUUGGGUAGUCUGGCCCAAGGCUCAGCGUCGUCAACGCAUGCGACUAGAGAUCCGCUACAGCGUCAACAGCAGCAACAGCAGCAACUGGCCAUGGACGAGGCGAGCACGAGUAGCGGUGAUGGCCCAAGCGGCAUGGAGCCGAGUAGCCCUUCCGACAUUGAGGAUGAGGGCAGUCAACCGGCGUCCGAAGGACCUUCACCGAGAAAACAACCCAGGGCCGACGAUGAUGCCGUCGACUACGAAGACGACGCUGAGGGCGACGACGAUGAACCCGAAGAUCCUGACAACGUUGAGACCGGUCGUGAGUUCUGUACACGAUUGGAAAAGCUCAAAGAGGCACUUCAGAGAAAGGGCAAGAACUCUUCCGACGCCGAUCACACGUCUGAUGGACAAGAUACCGAUGAGGGCAAGCCCAGCGAACGAUCUUUAAGGCGUGGCAAAAAGAGGCGAAUGCUAAGAAAACGUAAAAAGCCGCGAAAACGUAAGGCGAGUGACGGCUCGAUUAAACCGCCAGACGACAAGUCGCUCCUUGAAGACACGGUGAGUCAGCAGCAACCAGUCGAUACGGCCAAUGGCAGCAAAGUACUCGUCGUUGAUGCGCUCGAUCGUGUGAAACAAGAGGCGAUUGCGAUUAAUCAACCUCCAGUAGGUUUGGCUACCGAUCAACAGUUGCCUAGAAGCCGCUUACUCGCCCAAAAAGCCGCUUCGCAAAAGUUGUCCGCUACCAAUGCAAAGUACAUGCCGGUUCUCGUUGCGCACGACAUCGGCCUCAACUCAGCUGAUAGUUCUCACGAUGAGGAUGACAGCGAUAUCAUCGCUGUGGUCAGAGCUGGUGAAGCCUGCCUCGAUCACGAGCCAGGCGGUUCUCGCUUCCUGCCCAGCUGCAUGGAUGAAAUGAUGUCAGACGAAGAGGGUUCAUACAGCAGUCGGAUCAGCAACAAAAGCGAAAAGAAUAUGGCCGAUUUUGAAGGCGAGGAGAGUGGCUGCGAAGAAGAACUGGCACAGUUAGCUGCUCAGCAUUUGUCGGCUAUCCACAUGCAAGCUUAUCAUCCUCACCACGCAGCAGCAGCAGCGGCGGCAGCUGCAGCCGCCGCCGCGGCCGCUGCACAUGCUCACGUGCACGCCCACGGUCACACGGCGACCUCUUCGAUGAGCCAUGGGGCAUCACGUCACAGAUCACAAGCCGCGUGUCGAGGCCAAGCUCGAGGACUCGGUCAAUUUAACCUCGAGGCGGUUUGUUCACCUGGCCAAACUCUGCUCUGGGAUUUGCUACAAGACGAAAAGAUUGGUCAGCUGGGCGAGGGUUUGGCUCUUGAGGCGGAAAAGGCAUUGUGCAAUCUACUGUGCUACAAUGUCGAACGUUCCAUACCUAUGAAAUUCAUCGAGGGUUGCUUGGACAAUCUCGCGGCGAAUCGUUCGGUCGUAGUGAGCCUGCGAAUCUUGCCCAAGCUAUUGGCGAGCUUUCAACAGUUUGGCACGAUGGAUGCUCACACGAUUACCACGUGGGCAGACCGUGAGCGCGGCAUGAUGCGCCAUUUUUUCAACAAUCUACGUCACUACGCGAGCACCGGUCCACAGGGAUUGCAUUCUCAUCAGGUCGAGGUGCAAGUGCGGCUACAAUUUCUAUCGUCGAUCUUUUCGCCAUUGGGUUCUCCCGAGUGCUUCCGCCUCAGCCUCGAGCAAGUUGACACACUGUGGUCGUGUCUUGCAGAUGAAUCUUCCGGUUCCGCUGACGAACUGUUCAGCUGGCUACUCAGUCAAGCCAAGUCCACGGAACAGCACGCUCUCGGCAUGGACAGUCUAAAGCAUCUUUGUAUGCGUAAAUUACCGAGUCUGCCACCGGAGACUAUUAGUAUGACAGGUCUUUCGCUGUUCCAACAACUGUGCCAACUGGCAAGACUCGCGGCAGUGCAUCUAGAACGGCCUCUGCGCGAGCUCGACUCCAUUGGUAUGGACUUUCUUUGGAAGAUCGCUUUGCGCGCCAAGUGUACCGAAGUCAGCAUGGCAGCGAUUCAGUACCUUAACUCUUACUACAUGUCGCGACAACUCAGCCAAGAGAUGGAGUUUGUCUCACAGUGUAUGACUCACUUAGCCGCAGCCUCACGCAGUCUUGGUGCCGGCGACGAUGAGCGAGAGGCAAGCUUGCGUUGUAUCCAGCGCGCUCUUCUCUUACUGCGCACCCAUCUCGAAGCCUUCAAGAAACGCUACGCUUAUCAUUUGCGACGCUGGGCUCUUGAGGGUCGCGCCGCCGGCAUUGGUCACAUUGGCUCCGGUUCCGGUCAGUCAGGCGAACGCAGCCAACAACUGCGCGUGUUCGUACAACCCGCGGGUAUCUCCGAAAAAACCACCUUUACGCUGCUCAGUACUGACUAUGUGGCGGACCUGCGAGCUGAAGUUUCCAAGUGGUGGGACGAUACCCACGCAUCACAGCGUCGUCGUCCGGCUGGUGACGCAGAUGGCGCGACCUCUAUAAGCGUCGGGGUACCACAGGGUGCCGUUCAAACUAAGCCUGGCUCGGUCCUAGGCUCGCUACUCACUGACGGACCAAUCCGCAUGAUUACUCAAGGCCAGGAACUCACUAUUGACUUCGACGAGAAGACUUUACAAGAACUCGGUUUCAAGGACGGCCAAUUGGUCUUUAUAUCUUUGGGUGCUGGACGUUGUAGUGCCGUCGCUGCUGCUAGUGUGGCCGCCCGAGCUGCUGCUGCAAGUGGCAAGCGGGACCUCGAGUCACCGUCAUUGCUGCCACCGCCUCCCAGAGAUUCUUUACCUACACUUCUACUCUUAAGGCCACAGUACUUCGAGCAGCUGUUCACUCUUAUGCGUACUCUUGCAGCCAUAAAGACUCGCACCGAAAGUGGUCUCAGUGUGCCUCACCCUAAAGCUCAGGUGUUGUCCCGACGUGUAUGGGACACACUAACCCUACUGCCAACAAGCCCGACAUUAUUGCAAGGCUUCCAGAACGUUGAUGAGGCUUGCCUGCCAGAAUUGCUGGACCCUUCCAAUCCUCACAAACUCAUGUACUCGUUGUACAUCGUAGAGUCGCUGUUGAAGCGUUCAGCUCGCGUUGCUCGUAGUGGCGGCGAGACCACAACGACGACGACGAUCUCAAACGUAACAAGCGCCGGUGAAGCAUCGGAUUCAACGACCGGUGAUGAUGCUACGAGCGACUGGUCGAGCACUUUUGUGCAACAGGGUGGCUUACGUCACCUUUUUUCCAUCUUCAUGUCUGGUUGCCUUGAGAACGGCGACGGCAGCGAAUGGCAACAGGAUUGCCUUGCUAGUUUGCUCAAGCAGAUCUGUCAACUAGGUGUUGCUGGUGGCAGGCAAGCGACGAGACGCAACACAGCCGACAAGCUCGCAAUCCCGAGGUUGAGCAAACAAUUGUUGGCGCUUAUGAAACCCGAGGAGGUACUACCGAGGAUCGCGGGAAUUCUCGAAGCAGCUUCACAGCCUCGGGAUCCCAACCACUACAAGACUGGAUUGUUCGGUCGUUCUCAACUCAUUCACUACGCUUUGGCGCUUCUAGUUUGUUGGUUGCACUCCGAACCAUCAAUCUCGAGCGCGUUGUUUCCGACCGACUGCCGCUUCGGACGCGGCUGGCUGCGCAGACUUGUUCUUGAGGAUCCCGAGCCAGCGGUACGCCGUGAAGUCUGUACUGCACUGUACAAACUUUGCCUAGGAAGUCCCGAGCCACGGGACAACGAUCCAUCCACCGACUCGUCGGAACGUGCUUCAGGCUGUUCCUCAGCCAACCUCAUUGUGCCACUUCUCAGUGAACUUCUCGAGUAUCUACCAAUCGCCGAGGCGAUGCAUCCGCAACCAAGACCUAGAACCAAGCUGGAACAACAACAUCAGCAGUUACAUCCGCAUAACCAACAAAGCCAACUAUCAGUAACGGGAAUGGGGCCAACAGGCGUGACCAUCGAAACGGAGUCGUCGAAAGAGUCGUACGGUCCAGCUUGCCGAGACUAUUUUUGGUUGGUGUGCCGGCUAGUUGACUCGCUACCCGAAGAUGCAAUCAGUGAAAGUACUAGUGAUAAGAGUGGUGCCGGAACAAUAGAUCUGCAGGCUUUGGCCGAACGUGCUGUGACUUCCUGUCUAGAACGCGAUUAUCUGGAAACUCGUCACAACAUCCUCGAAGACGAUGGUCUAGUAGGCUUACUAAAUCUCUGCUGCAACAUUAUGGCUCACAAUCCACCGUGCAAGCAGGCCGAACUCGGUCGAGGCCUUCUCGAGCAAGCUUUCGACUUUCUAUUCGCUCUGCCCACUCCAAGAGCAAAACAUGUACCCAAGUGCAAGAGUCAAGCUUCUCGCUCGGCAGCGUUCGAUUUAUUGGUCGAGCUAACGAAGGGCGCUCUUUGCAACUACCGCGCGCUACAUGAACGACUGCUCGAGCAGCACCGGCCGCGUCUCGGUUCGCAACCCUAUUCCUGGGAUUAUUGGCCUCACGAAGACGGACGCUCGGAUUGCGGUUACGUAGGUUUGACCAACCUUGGGGCAACCUGCUAUAUGGCAAGCUGCAUGCAACAUCUCUACAUGAUGCCACCUGCGCGACGAGCUAUCCUACAGGCCGACUGUCAAUCGGCGAACAAGCAUCAGCUGACUCUACGCGAAUUACAGCGCAUGUUUGCCUAUUUGCUCGAGAGUGAGCGCAAGGCCUACAACCCACGGCAAUUUUGCCGUGUCUACACUAUGAAUCAUGAACCGCUCAAUACCGGUGAGCAGAAGGACAUGGCCGAGUUUUUUAUAGAUCUUGUUAGUAAACUAGAGGAGAUGACGCCAGAUUUAAAGACUUUAGUGAAGCAACUAUUUUGUGGCAUUAUCUCCAAUAAUGUGGUGUCUCUUGACUGUGAGCACGUAAGUCGCACUCUCGAGGAGUUUUACACGGUGCGCUGCCAGGUGGCCGACAUGCGCAAUCUUUAUGAGAGCUUGGACGAGGUUACGGUGAAGGAUACCCUUGAGGGCGAUAACAUGUACACCUGCUCGCAGUGCGGAAAGAAGGUACGCGCUGAGAAGCGAGCUUGCUUUAAACGUUUGCCCCGCAUACUGUGCUUCAACACCAUGCGAUACACUUUCAAUAUGGGCACUAUGCUCAAGGAGAAAGUCAACACCCACUUUAGUUUUCCUCUGCGACUCGACAUGUCCGGUUACAUGGAGGACAAACUCGUGCCGCCUCGUCACGCACCCGCCGACACCGAGAACGUUCAGAACGUUCAGGUUGACGAUGAAAUUUGUGAGAAGCAGGACAAAGAACAAGGCGAGGAACGACCGAGCACAACGAGCAACGCUCAAGAAUCACGAGAGAACGAAGCCGAGCACUACCAGUAUGAGCUGAUCGGAGUCACCGUCCAUACGGGUACCGCCGACGGAGGACAUUAUUACAGUUUCAUUCGCGAGCGUUCAGCUGAAGACGAACACCACCACGAACAGGACAGAUGGUUCCUCUUCAACGACGCCGAGGUCAAGCCUUUCGAUCCCAAUCAGAUCGCUGCAGAGUGUUUCGGCGGCGAGAUGACCAGCAAGACCUACGACUCUGUUACCGAUAAAUUCAUGGAUUUCAGCUUCGAAAAGUCUAACUCGGCUUACAUGUUGUUCUACGAGCGCUGCCGACGAAACGAGGAGAAAUUAGAGGAGCAAACCGACGAGCCACCUACGGCAGGUACAUCCACGCCAAACACCGAGUUGCAGCUGAGUAAAGAGCUUGAGGAAUGGAUUUGGCAGGACAACAUGCACUUCCUACAGGACAAGAACAUCUUCGAGCACACGUACUUCAGCUUCAUGUGGCAGAUCUGCGGCUACGUGCCGCAAAGCUUAUUGUAUACUGAGCCGGAGAUAGGCGAGCUCGCGGCGGAGUUAUCGGCCUCAUUCUUCCUUGAGACGUUUAUACACGCAAAAGAGAAACCGACGAUGGUUCAGUGGGUGGAGUUGCUGACCAAGCAGUUCAACAACUCGGUGAGCGCCGGCAUCAAGUUCCUCGAGCGAAUGGCUCAGGAUUCGUGGUGGCCCGUUCAGAUUCUAGUCAAGUGUCCCAACCAGAUGGUCAGGCAGAUGUUCCAGAGGCUGUGCAUUCACGUGAUUCAGAGGUUGCGUCUCGCUCAAGUGCCCUUGUAUAUGACCCCUGACGAGGAGGAAGAGGCCGGGUCUAGCGUCACCUCGAGCUCGUGCGUGACGCGAUUCAUGCGCUCGUUACUGUCGCUAAUGGAGCACGCCAAGCAACAUCUUAAGCAUCUCACCGAGUACUUCGGCUUGCUCUACGAGUUCAGCAAGCUAGGCGAGGAAGAGACUGUUUUCCUUAUCAAGACUCAAGCGAUCUCGAGCAUGGUCAAUUUCUACCUGGGCCAUAGAAACCACGAUUUCGCCGACGCGAUUAGCGAGGAAGAGGAGGAGGAGGAAGUGGUCGCGAUCAGUGGUGGAGCCGGAGGCAGCACUGGGGCGGAGAAAAUGAGACCGGCUUCGCUCGAUAAGAUGAUCACACUCGUCGCCCUCUUGGUCGAACGCAGCCGACUGCCUGACCACAGACUCAACCUGUCGGCCUCGGACUUCAACGCGGUUGCUGGAGGCAAAGGCUUCCCGUUCCUCUAUCAACAGAUUCGCGACAUGAUCAACCUUCAGCAGACGCGCAAUCUCAUCCAGUCGUUGUGUCGCUGGAACGACCGCUUGGCCAUCCACGUAGUCAGCAUGAUAUUCCAGGCGAUCAGCAAACACACGGAUCUUUGCCAGCCGUUCUUCAAGGUGCUCACGCUACUUAGCGAGGGUUCGAGUCCCGCGGGUCUACCCUGCAUGACUCAAUUAAUUCUCAGCCGUAUUUGGGAGGUAGCGAGGAUCGCUCCUCACGGCGCUUUGGAGUGGCUGGCGCUCGCGGUCACGCGCAGCAAACUCGCUCAUGCCUGGGUGUUGCAAGGGCUCGAUACCUGGCUGCAGCAUUUUCUUCUCGAACACACCAAUCAUCGCGUACGCUCGGCCGCCGCUUUCCUUCUCGUGUCGCUCGUGCCGUCGGCUCACUUCCGCCAAGGUUAUCGUUCGGCUCAUCGUCUUGGUCUUGGCUGUCAGGCUUCUACCGCCAGAGAAUUGCAACUGUCGACCGACGCCACACUCGUUCUCCAUCAAAUUUACACGGCGUUACUACGCCUUCUCCAGUCGGCCCGACACUACACCGAAAUCAAUACCCACGGCACCAUGAGCCUUACCGCUUACUUCGCCUUGAUGACCUACUGCAUCGUAUCCAAGACUGAGAAACUCAUGUUUGGACCCUACCUCAACGAUCUUUGGACAUUGUUCCAUCCGAAGCUGUCUGAACCGAGCAUUCCAGUUCAUCACAACAAGCAAGCACUCCUGCUCUUCUGGUACCAUGUGAGCAACGACUGUCCUGAAAACGUUGCACUCAUACUCCACAAUCCUCAUAUCACCAAGAAUAUUGCUUUCAACUACAUAUUAGCUGACCAUGAGGAUCAAGACGUCGUCCUUUUCAAUCGCGUCAUGCUGCCGGCCUACUACGGCUUACUGAGACUAUGUUGUCAACAGUCACGUGCUUUUACUCGACAAUUAGCAGCGCAUCAGAACAUACAGUGGGCCUUCAAGAACAUCACUCCGCACCCCACGCAAUAUUCAACGGCUGUGGAUGAGUUGUUUAAACUGAUGCAACUGUUAGUCGCUCGACAUCCCGAUCAAACCGAACAAGAAGAGGCCGAGAUAGCUUCGUUCCGACGAGGCACGCUGUCAUCUUACCUGCAAGGCCUUGAUGGACGCUCUUGUUGGGCGACCCUCAUAUCAGCAUUCAGGAUUCUCAUAGAAUCGGAUGAGGACCGACUGUAUGUGGUGUAUAAUGGUGGGCUGAGUAUGGCACUGGAAGCGUUCCAUAUGCUACAUAUUAUGUAUCACGAGGCGACCGCCUGCCACGUUGCCGGCGACCUGGCCGAGCUCAUUGCAAUAAUUGUUGAGUUAGUGCGUUGUGUACGAACGGCUCGAGGUGUCGGUAGUGGUAGCGGUGAAGCAAGUGGUCCCGAGGCACGAAGUCUCCUGGUUAACUGUAAGGAAUGGCCAGAUGUGUUACGUAAGUUGGCCACACUACUCAACACCUACAAUCCAGCAGACAUGCGCAACCUGGCAAUCGACUUGCUGAAAGAACUGGUCAUGCUGGUGCCGAAUGAGGCCAUUCUCAUUUUGGCACCUCUGCUUUCGCACUGUCAUGCUGCGUUACAGGAGUCGCAUGCGAGUGUACCUCCGGGCCCGUAUCUGCCUAGACGCUCUACGGCCCCUAGUAAGAUGCCCUCACGUCCGGCGAGGCCGAUGGUUCAAAUGGCUGUACCUCACUCUCAACUGGAGGCGGCCAAAGGUCAGGAUCCGAAUUACGAUAGCGCUCUGCUUGAAUUUUUCUUGCCAUACCACGAGCUCAUCGACGUGAUGUGUCGGCUUGCCAUUAAUAACGAUUGCAUGACGGAGAUCCUCGUCAAUCUCUCAGCUAUGCUUGGUUUCGAAGGUGUUCCACUGCAUUUGGCCCUAUUUCCGCGACUUUGGCUCGACGUGCACGCUGCCAGUCACGUCGAUCGUAAGCAUAUCGCUGCUCUACUUCGCUGCUCCUAUACCAUCGACUAUGUGGACGCGGUCCUACUAGACGAAAGAUCCUCGUUGGCGGUACCAGCGAUACACGCCUUUCUCAAAACUUUCUUUCCAAAGUUGGCUAGCCACGUGCUUACCGAGCAGACCUGCUCCAUUAUUGACAAUCUCGUUGGUACACUCACCUCAAUGGUCGACGUGGUCGACGUCCAGGCAUCCGCACACAAGCUUAUUGGCGACUUGAGAGCGCUGGCUUUGGUUUAUAGUUGUGGAACGGAUAUCAAGCCCCCUCCAACUCUUCAUGCUGCUCUCGAAACUCUUCUCGCGCGCACGCGAGCUGCCAGAUCUCGAAUCAAGGAGUCGAAGCAACAAGACCUCGAGACUCCUGCCAAGAAGCGCAAGUUUGACGUACAAACCCACGUCGAAAUGGAUGACGAAGAAAACGAUAAUAAUGGAGGAGCGGAGGAACGAGAGGAUAAUGAUGAAGAUGAUAACGACGAUGAUGACGACGACGAUGACGACGAAGACGACGAUGAUGACGAAGAUGAGGAGGAAGAAGAGGGUAGCGCCUCUAGUCUUGGUGGUAUCGAAGAAACCAAAGAUCGCACUGAUCGCUUGCCUUUGGAGACAUCAGCAACAACAACGAAGAUGACAACCACUAUCACAACGACUGCAACGGCUAGUGCGACCACGACCACCACCUCGGCUAGCUCGGAUGGGUCGACAACCACGCCGACAACUGUGACGAUGGCUACAACGACAACGACGAUAACGACGACGACGAUGAGUGCUACUAAAAUUACGAGUGAUGCGACCUCCUCGGUGUCAGAGCCUACCAUUGAAAACGUCCAAGAAGUCAAAAAGCAAGAUACCGAGGAGGAAGAGGAAGGCGAAAAACCUCUCAAAAACACGGAUGCAGACAAAACUGACCAAGCCGAUUCAAAGUCAAGCUCGAGUCUGAUUAGCGCCAGCAGUACGACGAGCACUUGGAACAGUCACUUCUGCCGAUCGAUGAAUAAUGUCUCUUGGCUAGAGAUGCUAGAAAAAACUAUAACCAAUUUACAAAUCAUCGUGCAGUUUCAAUCCAAAAACUAAAGCAAAACAAAAUUCGAGAAACAAUUUCGCGCGGUAUUUAAUUAAUUAGCGAUUUGAACUUAUAUCGAGCAGAGGCUCGGCAGCAAUCGAGAUUUUCAACAAUGAACAAUGAAGAAAAUUGGUUGUGAAAACUUGGCUGCGUAUUAUACGACGCGGACUUUGGCCCAGUUGACACGAAUCAUGAUUCAUCUGCGCUCUAUGUCAAUAACUAGGUAAACUUUAGCCCGCGUGCAUACGCGUGCGUCGGCACCAUCGCGCUUCUGUAAAAAGAUAUCACGUGUAUAGUUCACUAUUCGUUACUUGUCGAGUGUACUCCUCAUAUGCUACAUCUCAUUUAAUCAGAUGGUGAAAUAGCAGUGUGAUCAAUUUGAUUAUGUAUGUUCGCGAGCGAGUAUAUGUAAAAAAAUAAUUUUAUCUAUAAGAUUAAAAAAAGAACGAUUUAAAUCGACUCUAAUUAUACUUAAAAAUUUAUCAUUGGAUGGAGAAGCUUUGUAGCUCCAACAUACCGCUUAUACAUGGCAUUGCAGUCUUUUUUACGACCAGCGCAAUAUUUUACUUAUCUCACAAUACCGCAGUUAACUGUAAUUGCGGUUUCAUUUUCACGCCCUUUUACUAAUAAACGAACUCUUUCUUUUCAUGAUUUUUAAUAGCUUUGUCCAAUACAUUGAAAAGCAGUCGUCAAUGCGUCUUUCUAAUCGCAUGCGCCUACAAUUCUUACUUUUUUUUACCAACUGUGUUUGUACGAAAAUAAAGUAAACGUUAAAUGCUCGUUUUUCUGAUAGAUUCUUUUUUUUAAUGCUGAUAGAUGGUAAAAGUGAAUUAUAAAAUUGUCAUAUUAUAAUUCUCUCUUCCAUCGGAAGAAAAGCUUGAAGAAAUAUAUUUUUCAAAUGACUUUUUUUUGUUAUUAUUUAUUAUUAGAAUUUUAAUAAGGUUCUUAAAUUGAUGCACAUUGUGGCUCUUAUAUUUCAUUUUUAAAUGUUUUUGAGUGAAAAAUCAUUGGGAACUGAUUAUUCUCCUUUGUACAAUAGUAAAUGUAGAUUGACAGUAGAUAUCUUGUUCGAUAAAUCAUUGCUUGAAGAUUAUGUGGACAUGUAUCACCUGUAAUGAUUGCGUCUGACUGUCAAAUAUACUGUGCAAUGCAUCGAGUCAACUUAAGAAUUCUAGAGUAUAUAAUCAUUUAAAUUGUGAAUAUUAAGUUUUAACAAGAACAAUUACGUAAAGUAAAUAGGCAUUCUGCCAUGUAAAUACACUAAUAUUUCGAAGAUUAAUUUGGCAAAUUCAUUUGAAAAAUAUGUUUCUCUAUAAUCGUCAAAUAAAGUAAAAUUAUUAGCUUGCGUUACAGCUGCUCCUUUUUAAAAAGAAAAAAAUUUACUCCAUAAGAGUAAUAUUGUAUCGAUAACAAGUGAAGUAGUGCCACAGACAUUGUAUUGCAAAGAAGAAAAAAGUUUUUGUUUAUUAAUUUAAAUGAAUGAUUUUGUCAAAGUAAUAUAACGCUAUUAUAAUAUUUUCUGCUGGAGAAUACGUAAAUAUUCUCUGCACUUUGAAAUUGAACUGA